GUUGAUUCAGUGACGGUACGAAGAAGAAUGGAAGACAGAAGAAGAGACAGAGGACGUAGCUUCCACACCUAAACAACACAACUUAACAGUCAAAUAAGAAUUUCCCAAACCUAACGUUCCUCGUAAACGCAUCUUUGUUUUUUUUCGUUUCUUAAUUCCAAUUUUAAUUUGCCAAAUUCUAAACCACAAAUAGGAUAAUGUUAACUUCGUACCGUUUCGGGCAACCUCUAAUCUUCUUCCUACUUAAAAUCGUAAAAGGGAAAAAAAAAAAAAAAAAGAAUAUUAGCUGCUUGGCUUAGUUUUUAAGGAACCCAAAAAUAUUCUUCCCUCGUUGAAAUCGCUGAAGCCGCCAUAGAAUUUGUAACACAGUAUGGCAAGGACAGGGAACAAGAAUAUACAAGCCAAGCUGGUGGGUAUGUCCUUCCUUCAUUUUUUUUUUAAUGCUUGAUUAGUAUGUGAUAAUAAUAACAGUAUAAUUAAGUUCCUUAUGUUCCUGCUGUUUAUGUUAAAGUUCAAUCAUGUCUAAUUCCAUGAUCAAUGUAGAUGGUGUUUACAGAUAACCCAAAUUUGUUUUCUUUAAGAAAAGCCUGCCUGUAUUAGUUUGGGUGGACGAUGUGAUGAACUGAUUGAUGAUCGUCUUGGGAUUGUAGUAGCACUUUGCUGAAAUUACAAAGAAAAGAAGAGUCUUUUCCUCGGAGAUUUUCAGGGAUACUUUUGUUACUUAUAUGUAAUUAAUGUUGCAGUAGUUGACAAGGUAUUCUGGCCUUUUUCCUAGGUUGUUCUUGGGGACAUGGGGACUGGAAAGACCAGUUUAGUUUUAAGGUUUGUCAAGGGCCAGUUCCAUGAUUAUGAGGAAUCAACCAUUGGAGCAGCAUUUUUCACUCAAGUUUUGUCACUGCCUGAUGCUGCCAUCAAAUUUGAUGUAUGGGAUACAGCAGGUCAGGAGAGGUAUCACAGCUUAGCUCCAAUGUACUAUCGCGGCGCAGCUGCUGCGAUUGUGGUGUACGAUAUCACGAAUAUGGAUUCCUUUGAACGAGGCAAAAAAUGGGUUCAACAGCUGCAAAGACAUGGAAAUGCCUCCAUGGUUGUGGCUCUGGUGGCGAACAAGUCGGACUUGGAAUCUAACAGAGUUGUGGAAAAUGAGGAAGGAGAGCGGUAUGCCAAAGAGAAUCACUUGCUAUUCUUUGAAGCUUCAGCAAAAACAGCACAUAACGUUAAUGAGCUGUUUUACGAAAUAGGUAAUUAUUUCAUAGAGGUUCAUGAUUAUCAUGCAUCAACGUAUUAAUUGCCACCGAAAACAUUGUGCUUUUAUAACAAUCCUGAUUGUGUUUGUCUAUCUUGAGGAAUUAUAGCAAGUUCAAUCAAUCUAACCUCAAUGCACAUGGUAGGAAAUCACAAACAACUCUGAUUGUGGACUCUGAAUUAGCUGCUCCAGAAUCCAUAUUCUUGGUAGUACCGUUAGAAAACAGUUUCAUCAAUAGAAUUAGAAAAUAAAGUACAAAAACAAGACAAAUGAUAAUUGUACAUCAUGUGAUGUUUGUAGACAGAUUACAAUGGCAAUUGCUGAUAAAAAAAUUUGGUUCACUUUUCCUCCCUUUUUGUUUUCGGGACAGCUAAAGCAGUAGCAGUGGCAUCACUAAACCAACAAAGUGGGAUGAAACUACAAAGAAGACCUGACGAUUUGGGAAGGCGACUGUUCUGCUGUUCGAGUUGAUCAACUUGAUUACUGAUAUCAUAUAUGUAAAUUAUUCCCCUGAUAUCCUGCUUUCACAUUUUCAUAGAAUUCUAAUGAGUUCGAGAGGAAUGGUUCCUUUCUUUUAUGGUUCAGUUGGGUUUGCCGCGCGUUCUUUUGCAUAUUGGUCAUGCACUUUUGCUCAAAUUGUAUCAUAUAACUCAUGUUCCCUAGAAGAACAGGAUCCCUUCUCGUGCUAUUGUUUUGAACAGAAUCAAGCUAGGGAUGUUUUGAAUUACCUUGAUGAUCAUUGUAACCAUCCCUAUGGUCCUGUGGAUUGUC